GGUUUUAUAAGGGAGUAGAGAUGGAGGGGCGGUGGUGGUUUCGUGCAACAUACAACCCUUAGAAAAGAAAGGAUAUGGAAACUCUUACCGGAGGACCACACCAAUGAUACUCUCUUUGAACCUUUCUUUUUCUGUUCAUCAGUUUUCACUAUUGAAAUCCACCCACUCACCCACCAACAACCUAUGCUUAAAAUUUAUAUACAUAGAAUAAAAAAUGAACUGCCGUCAGUUUUCAAAUCAUUUAGUUUGUAGAGCUUUCUACUGCUGUCAAAGGAGAAGCUUUUUAACCCAGACUCCUAAAUCACCACCCGCUUCUUAUCCUUCACGCUUACGCUUUCCCAAGGGUUACCGGAAAGUGUCAAAUUCUUUGAAAUCAGAAAUAUCUGGAACUGCUUCUGCUGUGUCUCUUAAAGAUAUGGGAAUUAUUGAAGGAGAAUCGUCACCAAAGGAAAGUACCUCCUGUGAUUCUUCCCUGAAAAGAGAUGAUUUAGUUAAUACCGACUCUUCAAAUGGUCGUGUGAUGCUUAUUGAUGGCACCUCUAUCAUCUACAGAUCGUAUUACAAGCUUCUUGCAAAGCUACAUCAUGGGCAUCUGACUAAUGCGGAUGGUAAUGGAGAUUGGGUAUUGACAAUAUCCACGGCCUUGUCACUGAUAAUUGAUGUUUUGGAAUUUACCCCCUCACAUGUGGCGGUGGUUUUUGAUCAUGAUGGGUUUUGCUUUGGUAAUAUGCCUCAGUCGUCCAGCCAAAAAUUUAUGGCAAAAGGCCAGACCUUUCGUCACACUCUCUACCCUUCAUACAAGAGCAACCGUCCACCAACUCCAGAUACGAUAGUGCAGGGCCUUCAAUACCUAAAAGCUUCUAUCAAGGCAAUGUCAAUCAAAGUCAUUGAGGUUCCCGGCGUUGAAGCUGAUGAUGUUAUCGGGACCAUGGCCUUACGCAGUGUUGAUGCUGGAUUUAAGGUUCGAGUUGUGUCUCCUGAUAAAGACUUUUUCCAGAUAUUAUCUCCUUCAUUACGUCUUCUUCGAAUAGCACCUCGUGGUUUUGAUAUGGUUUCAUAUGGAAUGGAGGAUUUUGCUAAAAAGUAUGGAGCAAUACAACCUUCUCAGUUUGUUGAUGUAAUGGCGCUUGUUGGUGACAGAUCCGAUAACAUACCAGGAGUUGAUGGAAUUGGGGAUGUACAUGCGGUGCAGCUAAUAUCAAGAUUUGGUUCGUUGGAGAAUUUGUUGCAGCAUAUUGAUCAGGUUGAAGAGGAGCGAAUAAAAAAGACUUUGAUAGCAAAUAAGGAGCUGGCCUUGCUGAGCAAAGAAUUGGCUCUGUUACGUUCAGAUCUUCCACACUACAUGGUUCCAUUUUCUAUCAAUGAUCUUGUUUUUAAAAAGCCCGAGGACAAUGGGGAGAAAUUUACCAACCUAUUGACAGCGAUGGGUGCUUAUGCAGAAGGGUUUUCGCUUGAUUCAGUUAUAAGAAGGGUGUUCUAUCUAUGGAAGAAGCUUGAAAAGACAUGAGCUUAACGAUAUAUAUUAUGCGACACGGCAAACUAACUGAUAUUAAUGGAUGUUACACUGAUCAAAGUUCUAUUAUUGACCAAAGCUACAAAGAAAGUUCUUAGCAAGUCUUGCAUACACUUGUGCAUUAAGAUGAGAAUGUAAAGUUUUGGCAUCAUUUCAGCCUAACCUUGUUUAAAUCAAAAACUCGUCAUGUUUUGGUUCCA